GUUUAUAAUAGUAACCAAAUUAAAACUGAAAAACCCUAAAAUCGCUUUCCACUUCAUCUCGUCAUCCUCACUACCAACUUCGCCACCUCCACUCCACCAUGUCACGUCUCUAAGUCCUCCAGCAAGGUGAUCCUAAAAUUUAUUCAAUUACUAUGUAGACAAAGAAACCCAGAUGUUUGGAAUAGACAUUUGUUUCAACUUAUUAAUUCAUUUGAGCUGAGAGGAAUUCGAGUGAAAUAAACCCAUUUGAUAAGAAUUUGUGCUACUAGGAAUAUAGUCUUGUAUCAAUCUUUUCGAAAUGAAAUGGAAAUGGCUUUUCAUAUGAGAGCCCCAGGUAUUCUGUUUAGAGCUUUAACUUGUACUUCCAAGCGUUCUAGUUAAUGGGUGAAGCCGAGGUUCUUCUCUAUUUACUGGGACUUUCUUCUCUGAGCUGAUUCUGUCCACUAACUCUGGAUGGCUCUUGAUCUUUGUGUCUUUCGGUUCCUUUAAUUUCAGAAACAAUCGAUGUUCAAUUGCAAAAAGAUAUUAUUUGCCUGUAGUCAAGCUAUUGGGAACUGUUCUAUACGGAAUUUCAAUUCCGUUUCUUCUUCUUCUUUACAAUUUGAAACGGUUAAUCACUAUUCUGUUCUUCAGUCCACUAGUUUUCAGCAUUGGUUCAAAAAUUGGCAAGAGCUUCGAAAGCAUAAGUUAACAGCAAGUACUUUUGCUGGGGCAAUUGGGUUUUGGCCUCGUCGAAGGGUUCAACUAUGGUUGGAGAAACUUGGGGCGAUUGAUCAAUUUUGUGGUAAUCUUGCUACUUGUUGGAGUAAUAUGAAAGAAGAAGAAGCACUCGAAAGAUACAAGCUUAUUACUGGAAACUCUGUUUUGUUUCCCGAAUUUCAAGUCUAUGGUAAAGCAAACUCGGAAGAUGAUUGGUUGGCUGCUUCACCUGAUGGUGCAAUUGAUAAAAUGAUUUAUGGAUUGCCUUCACAAGGUGUUUUGGAGAUUAAGUGCCCAUUUUUUAAUGGUGAUAUGAGAAAUGCUUCACCAUGGUCACGAGUUCCUCUUUACUGUAUUCCUCAGGCUCAAGGUUUGAUGGAAAUAAUGGAUAGAGAUUGGAUGGACUUUUAUGUUUGGACUCCUAAUGGUAGUAGUUUGUUUAGAUUGUAUCGAGAUGUCGAAUAUUGGGACGUCUUGAAGAUUGCUUUGUCGGAUUUUUGGUGGAAGCAUGUUCAACCUGCAAGGGAGAUGUGUAGUAAAUAUGUCGUUACAAAUCCCCUCAUUGAGCUGAAGUCUCUUAGGCCAUCACCCAGGCAUGAACUGUGUAGUUAUAUAGUUUGUGAGAGCAGACGGGUUGUCAAUAAUUCUAAGUUGCUCUUGCGUGAAUUUGAUGGGAGACUUCAAACCUAAUGCAUUGCAUCUAUUGACAUUGUGUUCAAUAGCUAAGCUUAUAGUAAGGAAUCUCGGACUCAGGUUCAGAGCUUGAAGGGAGUACUUGUUAACUCGAAAAUUGCGGAAUCUAACAAUGAUGUGAAUGUGGUCAAACCGAGCACAUCUUGAGUUUAACUACUACUCUUUUGCAUCCAUUGUUGGCCUCCAGCCACGUGACAGGAAAGCUUGGCAUAUCCGAUCGUUCCCUAGAGACAUACCAAACAUGCCGUGACACAUAUAUCAGUCCCAAUUCUAACUUCAUUGGUGUGUAAGGACAUGGUAGCAGCAUGAAAUCCAAAGGACCAUGGGCAAGUUCUCUCAUUGCAGUUCAUCGAUUUCUAGUGGUAGUGAGUCCAAACACCAAAGGUAACUCUUCACUCUUCACUCUUCCCUCUCUCUCGUUUCCCUCACCGUCUUUGUCUAUUUAUAUUUUCUUUUGUAAAUGUCAUUUCUUGAUUUUUGAACUCUCUCCAACCCUUUCAACAAUGGCUUCCCAUUCCUCUAACCUCGAGUGUCGGAUUUACGAGGCAAAGUACCCAGAGGUCGAUAUGGUUGUCAUGAUUCAAGUCAAGAACAUCGCCGAUAUGGGCGCCUACGUCUCCCUUCUUGAAUACAACAAUAUCGAGGGGAUCGGGAAGAAGAUAAGAAGGCUGCAUUUGACAUGUUUUUAUGAGUUUUACUGGAAACUAUGAAGGGCCACUCUUGAAAAGGCUUCGCGAGACAGGGGAAUGGGUAACUAAUCAAACUGAAACCAAAUUUCAAGCUUCGGGUAACCAUUUGUUUUCUUUUCCUCCCUUUAAUCUCUUCAUUCUUUGACUGUGACCAAUGAUAUAUUACUUAUUGCCUUUUUGAGUUAUGAUUUUCAAUUUUGAUUAUGUUCAAUUGCUUGAAUUCUGGAUUUCACAUUAAAAACUUAUGUAAUUAACAGUAUAUAUGUUACAUUUUGCACUGAAUUCUAUAUGGUAUCCAUUUAGGGGAGAACAA